AUGCUCACCGCUGCGAUCUACCAAGACGUCGUCCAGCGGCAGAAUGGCUGCACCCAAUGCGGCGCAUACUGUUGCACAGAGAAUGAAGUGUGCUACAAGGACACAUACUACUUCCUGUACAUGUGUUCUGCAACAGCCACUGCAACCGUGAUCUCGGCUUCGACAGAGACGGCCACGGCGACAGCGACAUUUACUGUGACCACGGAGCCGACCUACUCAACAUCGUCAACGAGUGCUAGCACGAGUAGUUCUUCCACAUCUCGAACAUCAAGCUCGUCAUCACUCACCUCGCCCACGUCUUCAACAAUCACGACAAGCUCAACGCCUUCGACGUGGACAACAUCCUCAAGCUCCCCUCUCCCUCCAACAACACCAUCUCCAUCCCCCACACCCACCUCACAACCCACCGGCCUCUCCACCGGCGCCCAAACCGGAAUCGGCAUCUCAGCCGCAGGGAUAGGAACAGCCCUCCUUGCCGCCCUCCUCUACUUCUGCAUCCGCCGCCGCCGCCAAUCCCGACACCAACAAAACGCCCUUUCCCCGAAGCACCAAGAAGACAACGAACUAGUCGACAUUUCCGGCGGCGGCGGGUUUGCCCAGAUGCGCGAGAGGGAGCUCACACAGGAUGAACUGGACCAUCGACGCCGGGAGGCGGAGGAGGAAAGGGAGCCGGCGAGGUAUUCGCGAUCGGGGCCGAAUCCUUGGGCGCUGAGUACGAGUGAUGUUGAGGGGAGGCGGGAGGGUGAUUUCGACGAAGGUCCCGUCGGAUCGCCUUUCUCGCCAGAAGCUGUUGGUAGUCGACAGAAUGUUGGAGGUCAAGACCCUCGUGCGCUGCAUGGGAACAUUCCCCCUGUGCCACCUCUGCCGACGCAGUAUUAUCGAAGGUAG